GCGAGGCGCAGCCCAACGCCGGGCCCCCACCGGGCAGGGGCAUCAGGAACCCCCACGGCUCUGAGCGUUGCUGCGUCAGCUGCCAGGGCUGUCAUCGGGUCCCUGCUGUGACCCCGUGGAUCCCCAGCAAAACCCCACUGGUGGCUGCGUCCACUGCCCUGGAUCCCCCCACAGACCCCUGGGUCUCUCCUGUGACCCCCCUGGAUCUGAGCCUCCAAAUAAAGGCGUUGGAUCCUGUUGAUCCUGUUGUGGUUUAAGCUGAGCCCCGCACAGCCGCUUGCGCGCUGCCCCCGUGGGGUGAGGCAGAGAAUGAGGAAGGUAAAAGCAAGAAAAUGCCUGGUUUGAGAUAAAGACAGCGCGUCAGGUAAAGCAAAGCUGCCCCUGAGGCAAAGCAAAACUAGGGCUUCGGUCCCUCCCAGAGGCACGCAGGAGUGGGGCCGCUUCUAGGAAAUCGGAGUCCAUCGGUGUCAUGCUGACUCAGGAAGACCAACGCCUCACUCCGACAGCCCCUCCUUCACUUUCCCCUGCCCAGUUUUGUUGCUGAGCACUGUGACAUAGGAAAAUGGGAUCUCCCUUUGGCAGCCGGGGUCGGUUCUGCUGCCCGGGUCCCCUCCACGCUGCUUGAGCUCCCCCGGCUCCUCGCAGAGUGAGGACUGGGGACGUCCUGGCCUGCCUGAGCACCUCUCAGCAGCUUCCCGAGCCCCGCUGCAUCGCCCGUGUGGCUUUUCUACACAAAUCGAAACCAUGUCAGUUCCUGUGACAAAGCUGAACAUUAACCAAGAGGAAAACAAACCGGCCUCCUCCUCCCGGGCUGAGAUCGUGCUGAGGGCAGACAGGCACUGCAAGCACAGCAGGCAGCGAUGACAAUUGAAAUCACAAAAGCGAUUAUUGGGGCCACUGCUGGAGCAGGAAUGGCGCUCUUUGGCAUCCCAACAUGCAUCUCUGCGUUGGGUUUUAAGGCGGCCGGCAUCGCCGCGGGGUCCAUAGCUGCCAAGAUGAUGUCGGCGGCUGCCAUAGCCAACAACGGAGGAGUGGCUGCCGGCAGCACCGUGGCCGUGCUGCAGUCGGUCGGAGCCGCAGGACUCUCUCUUGGUGCCAAAAUUGGGCUGUCAUCAGCCCUGGGGUCACUUGGUGCAGCACUUGGAGCCAAGUUGUCCUAGGGGAGCACAGCUCCAGGUGACAAACCCAAGGAAAGCCAGGAGGCAGCGGACGGCACCGGAAAGUGCCCCGCCAGCCCACCUCUGCAGCCGUGCAGGGAGCUGCCGACCCACUUGAGCACUGAGCACAUGGAAAACAAUAAAAAUGGCUUUGCAGGUG